GAUGAAGGCAAUGUUCGAAUGGUUAGUGACUUGGAACUUGAAAUAAAGAAAAGAACAGACACCCUCGCUCUUUUGAUGCAUUUGCAACAAAGUGCAGGGCACCGCCGUUGGACUGCAUAAAAUAGAAGCAUGUUGUAACAGCAGGCAGGAUGGUGUUCUGGGGGCGGAGCUGACUCGCUCCGUCCAUGGACUUAAGGAGAAGUAAGAAAAGAGUCCAGCAGCGAUCUCUCUCCCCGAGUCACACCUCACUGAUGCUCGCAUGCCAGCAAGAAUCUAAAGAAGACGUGCGCAACAUUCUAGAAAGACAGCCUGCAGCAGCGUUACAGCGAGAUCGCACCGGUAAGAACGCCCUUCAUUACUGUGCGGAAAAUGUGGACUUGGAAUGUGCAGGCCGUGUUUUGGCGGCUGCCCCAUCCCUGCUCAAUGCCGCGGACGAAGAAGGGUACACGCCACUGCAUCUCGCCGUCAUCAGUGGCAAUAAGUCAAUGGUGAAAUACCUGCUGUCUAGAGGAGCAGAUUCAAGAGCUGAAGACAGUGAGAAACAUUCUUGCGUUCAUUGGGCAACAGUCAGUGGUGAUUGGGAGUGCUUGGAUCUUCUCAUCAACGCAGGGGCUGAUCCUUCCACUCCAGAUAUCCACGGGGCUUAUCCUGUGCACUACGCCGCCCAGAUGUGUGGCCCAAACAGUGAGAUGGGGAACGAUGUGAGGGUAGGCCUCAUGGUGCUCAAGAAAUUGCUGUCCAAAGGUGUGGAUGUCGCCGUAGUCGAUCGCGAUGGUCGGCCUCCUUUGCUUUGGGCAGCCAGCGGAGAGACCAGAGCUAGUAAAACGUACUGUCCUUCAGGAAGCAGCGAUGCUAUCCUGGCCCUUGUGAAAGCGGGAGCGGAUGUCAAUGCUGUGGACCGAGAUGGACUAACAGCUCUCCACUGUGCUGCCAGCCGGGGUCACGUUGAUUGUUUAGAAACUUUAAUCACUCUGAAUGGUGCUGAAGUGGACAAAGUGGAUGACAGUGGGUGUUCAGCGUUGUUCUAUGCCGUCACUCUGGGACAUGCAGACUGCACAAACCUUCUGCUGUCUUUCGGAUCGCAAGCCAACAGACAGGACAACAAAGGCAGAACUCCCGCACACUGUGGGGCAUCGAAGGGACAGCUGGAAACCUUGAAAAUUCUCAAUCAACACAAAGCUAAUCUGUGGAUGAGGAAUGCCAAGGGAGACAUGCCUCUUCACGAAGCUGUUCAAUCUGGGAGAAAAGAUCUGGUGGAGUGGUUGCUGCAACAACAUCAGGGCUCAGUAAAUGUUUCAAAUUCCAAUGGACGGACACCUCUCCACAUCGCUGCUAUAACUAACAAUGUAGAUAUGUGUAAAGUUCUCAUGGAUUAUGGAGCAUUCAUAAAUCCUGUCAUGAGAAAUUCCAAAAAUCAACUCUUAACCCCAAUGGAUGCUGCUCUCCAUCGAGGCCAUCGAAGUUGUGCCAAAUAUCUCAGUCUCCACGGAGCUUUGCCGGCCAGCAAGCUGCUGGAGAAGAGAGAAUACGAUAGGUUCGUGGAGAGCACAGUUUCCGAACCCUUAGAUUUAAGUCCAAACACUAAGCGGAGCUUAGUCCGCGACACAUCAGCACAAACUGAACUGCAGUUCAGAGAUGUAGAUACACAAGCGCGCGUGGAUCAAAAGAGUGCGAGUGCUUUUGCGGAUUUGAGCAGAGGCACUACGCCUGCAGACUCGCCUUAUGCAUCAAGGAAGAACUUUCGAUGUUCGGCCAUGGAAGGAUCUGGCAAGCCAAUUAUUGCCAAAGUUUAUGUUCACACGAAACGUUCGAAGAUAAAAAGAACGUCGAGAAAACCGACGGCCUAUCGGAGAGACUGCAUAGGAGAAAAGCUACCGCGAAGAACGAGUGUUAAUUUUCAAUGUCCAAAUAACAGGGCUUCCAAUAAUCAGGGCGAUACUGAAACGCCACAACAGACAGAUCUGGAAAAAGACGCACCCAGUAGGAAAGCAUCCCAACCCACUUUUUUCGAAGAGCCAUUUCAGACAGUGCCAGAAGAAAUGACACUGGCAGAACAUUCCGUAAAAGAAGAAAAACUAUCCGAACCAGCUGAAGACAGUGAGCCUCAGUAUGAUGAAGUUCAUCCUGAAGACGAAAAAGAAUCAGAGCAAGAUAGUCACCUAGAAAACAACAAAAACGAAGACCUCCAAAAUGAAAAUGAAGAUAGGCCUCAACUUCUUAGACGAAGAUCAUCUGUGAAACCUAGAGAAUAUGACAUCGAUGAAGAAGAUGGCGGUAAUGGUGAUGAGGACAAACCUCAGUUUGCUUCCUUAGACCAACGAAGACGAUCGACAUGGCAAGGUGCAGAAUAUGAUAUUAGUGAAGAAGAUGCAGAAAAUGGUGAUGAAGACAAGUCACAAUUCCUUCCAAUAGAUCAAAGACGACGAUCGACAUUGCGAGGUACAGAAUAUAAUAUUAGUGAAGAAGAUGUGCAAAAUGGCGAUGAAGACGAACCUCAACCUCCUACUGAACAAAGACGUCGAUCAACUUUGCGAACUACAGAAUACGAUGCAAGUGAAGAAGAUUACCAGAAUGGUGAAGAAACUAGACCUCAACAUCUAUCUGUUGAUCAAAGGCGACGAUCAUCUUUGAAAACGUAUGACAUUGAGAAUCAUUCACCCUUAUCUAGUAUACGAAGUUUGGAAUCCACUAUUAAAGAUUCAGGAUUCAGCGACGACGUUGAUAGAGGCCCCCAGCCGUUCUCUUCGGAAGAUGAAGAGGAUGAUAGAGGAGGCAAUUCUGAUUCUGAAGGAAGAUAUGGCCGAAGAACGAGUAGGAGGCACAUAGCCAGGUAUAUAGUGAGUAGCGGAGCAGCAGAGACAUUUCGUUUGGAAGAAGAUGACGAUGGAGAUAAGGUUAUUGUAAAGCCUCGUUCUUCUAGUUUGCCUCAUUUGAGAAAAAGAGAAGAACAUUUGGAUACAUGUCCAAGACUCUUAAAUAGGCCUACUCUCACGAAAGAAGUGCAGAGAAGUUUAAAAAAGUAUCAGAUGGAAAGGCGUUUAUUUUACGAGCUUCAGGAAUUGAAGAGGAAGCAGAUUACUUCCAAUUUAUUGGAAGAGAAGGAAGUUGUUCAGAAAAUGGUUGACCGCUUCAGGAAUCACGUGCUUUCACCAGACAUGACAGAUUUUCAAGGACCACUUACAUUUCAAGCCUUUGAAAGAUACCUUUAUGAACAACUGAGGAAACUGUCGAUGGGCGGGAAGAUACCAAAGCCAAAGUCUAUUUCAAAGGACUUACAAGAGAGGACUUAUUUGGGUCCAUACAGGAAGUAUUCACAAAGACGUCAUGAACUCUGCAUGUGCGAGACGCACAAAUGUCAUCAUAACGCACAAUCUGAAAAAUCAGGCAGUCGCAUUCCCACACUACCACAAAUAACUCAAACAGCUCCCAGGUUUAAAGAAAAACAAACCAGGGCAUCAGUCAAUCGUUCUAAAAGCUGGGAUCGCUUAGAGGAAGAUCAAAGAGAGAAUUCGACAUUUAGCCCCUUUCCUUCAAACUUAGGUGGCAUGAAGGCAUCCAACAGCCUCCCGUCACUUACAAACCCUUUUCCGAGAAGGGUCCCAGCAGCUCUUUUAGCAGCUAUUAGCCAACGCUUGGGACCAGAUGUCCACCCGGAGGACACUAUUGUCAUCGAAAUGUCUGCGGAAAACAUCGAUUCGAAGAUGAGACAUGCCUUUACAGUACAAGAGCUUCAAGAAGUUGUUUUAAGGUACGAGGAACAAGUUGGACGCAAGGUGAAGCCCAUUCCCUUGGAAAGUGUCUUGGAUCCUGAUGAUGAUGGACCCAUCACUUUUGAAAUUCGACAUGGGAAAGAAAGAAAUAUUUUCAAGCUGCCAACGGGCAAACUGAAAGGCAACAAAAAAUGGCAAGUUAUAUUUACAAUUGGAAAAACUCAAAAGAAUUUAAGCACUCUUCAUGCCAAGUAGCUGAUAGAUGUUAAAUUUGUGUAUAGAUCAGUUUUAUAAUGUAUAUGAAGAAUAUAUUCAAUAUUCGUUUUUUUUUAAUUCCAUAUAUACUUGUUAACAAUUGCAGAAAUGAAAAAGCAUCACCAACCGAUGGAAUCGAAUUUUUAUUCACUCGAUUCAGGAAAUGAAUUACAGCACUUGUUACACAUUGACAACUUGCAGCAUUUUGUCUACUUGAAAAUUUGUAUUUGCAUUCUGUUCUAUCUUGCUCAAAUUAUUCAGAAACCAAUCAUUGUCUUUAUUUUGUCAGCAUACCUUAAAACAUCUGAAAACAGCAUAUUAUUUUCGUUACCCAGUAUCUCUUUUCAAUAUUUUCUCUGAUUCUGUUGCAAGUUUCAUGCUGAAUUUUCAAAAUAUUCUGUGUUCGUUCGUUAUCUCCGCUUUUAAAAAUUUGCUGUACAAUACACAACACAAAUACAAUACAUAAAUCUAUAUCUCAAAUUCAACCCCAGUAUUCGUAAACCCAAUUUUUCAAAAAAACAUUAUAAAUAAAUUUAUUGCACCUAAAUUUGAUAUUUUUUAUUAAAUACUAAUUGACUAAAAAAGUGGCAAAGUAAAACCUUACAACCCCCCUUCAACAGUUCUUGGUGUAAGAAUAUGAAACAAAAGCGGGCCUUAGAAUUAGUUAUUGCAGAAAUUCAAACAUCAGUUUCAAUGGUACAAUUUCAAAACAGUACUAAAGCAGAUUAUAAUAUCAAAAUCGCGCCAUUAUACAGUGCCUAAAUCCUUCGUUUGUUCACAAAAAUAAAAAGAUAUAUUGACUAUGGAAACAAUAACAUAUUUCGUCAAAAGAGAGAAACAUCAAGCUUGCGAUCUAGUAUUGUUGUGUGACACGAACAUUAUUCUUCAUUUCCAAUUUAGAAAAAUUGCUUCGAUGAAUUAUUUUACGUCACAAGUUUGUUUCCUGCAUUUUGAGCAAAAACCUACGUUGAAGUCUAAUAAUACUAUUAAUUUGACAGGAAAUACUAUAUUCCUCUCAAAAAUUGGAACUGUGUUUUUUAUUCUAUGGAUAUUUACACGUGAGCCUAAAUUUCUCUAGCUUGUUUGAACGUUUCCUCUGUAUUCAACUAAAAUAAUAUGGAAUUGACAAGUGCACAGCAACAUCUGCAGCAUGAUGUUGUAUUCAAGUCUAAAACAAAUUUGAACAUGCUUUUUCUUAUAAUUCAAAUCUUCGAUACAACUUUAAUUGCUAUCUCUGGAAUAAGUGUAUCUUUGACUUUUCAUUCUUCUUUUCUCCUCUUGUUAUUAGAUUAUAUAAAAAAAAAUUAGAAAAAAAAUCUAAAUUAAUUUUAAUAGAUAGAUCGAAUUUCAUUUGUCCAUUUUCAAAUCGACACUUUCCUGCCUUAUUUUUGGUGCAAUAUACAUGAAAGAAAAAGGAUAUUUCAAAGAAAAAAACUUCAUUACUAUGAUAACUUUCGGUCGAAACGACUGAAAUGUCAUUUAAAGUGAGCAAUUCUGAUUUUUCACUUGAACAAUUAAAUUUUAGGUUAACUUUCGCUAUAUAAUGUUAAAUAUGCCAAAUAAAUUUGGUGAUUUGACACCCUUCUAAAAGAAACUAACAUGUAUUUUAACAAGCAUUUGAAGUUAUCUCGUGUUCAAACAUGGUAAAGAAGACACAGAGGAAAAAAUGUUAAUCAAAUCUUUCACUAUUCCAUCUAUUCCACCAUUUCACUUUCAUAACAUUUGACAUUUUUUUUAACGAAACUAUUUUUCUCGACUUUCUGAAUCAGUAAUUCUGUUCCCAAAGGUAAAACAGGUAUUUCCUGAAUUUUUUUUCAAAACUAUUUUUACCAGGAUUGCUCUCAAAUCCUCUGCAUCUAGUCGAAAAAGCAGUUUUCAUGUUGGUAUAAGCGCAUUUUAAUGGUUCAUUAUUCUUUAUUCAAUUCAUAAAGCAUCUUCAUUAUAUGUUAUUAUCUUUUCUGAUCUUGUAGAUCUUUUAGACAAAUGUGCAUGUUAUGAAAUUUUGUGCCAAUUUAUUUGUUGUGUGAUGCCCUGCCUUGCAUAUAUUGCAUACAUAUACAUCAAUGAUCUGUGUGCCAGCCACUACCUAUAUCUGUGUCAAUAGGUUUCUGCAUUACUGCCUGUGGCCUACAGGACGCUACUUCUGGCUUGAUGAUCGAGAACUGCAGGUUGAUGACAUCCGGUGGGAAGAAGUGCGACUCGGUCCUAGAGCCAUUCUGAUGCUGCCACCUAACUUUUGGAAAUGAUAAAUUAAUGACUUCAUCAUUUGUGUCACUUAGACGAAAGCAAAUGCUUUUUGUAAACAUACAUCAUGUAA